AUGAGGGCGGCGGUUCCAGAGGAAAUAUGGACGGGAGUUCCACCUGCAAAGUCGAGACCACCGAGGAUGAACGACGUUUGGCGACCAGCCGUUUUAGCAGGUGAUGGGGUCGUAGACGGGGAGAGCAAAGCUCAAGUUGUCUCGCGAGUGAUCGCUCUUACGACACGACUCGGUACGAGUACCCCCAACUUCAAUAGUAUCUCAAGAGAUAUUCGAGCUAUCAUGGGUCUUGGUGAACUUAGUGUCGUAAUUGGAUGCAACGACGCCUUCGAAGCGAGCAAAUCUAUCUCCUAG